AUGUCCCGCCUGCUGCACGCAGAGGAGUGGGCUGAAGUGAAGGAGUUGGGAGACCACCAUCGCCAUCCCCAGCCGCACCACCUGCCGCAGCCGCCGCCGCCACAGCCACCUGCGACCCUGCAGACAAGAGAGCAUCCUGUGUACCCGGCCGAGCUGUCCCUCCUGGACAGCACCGACCCACGCGCCUGGCUGGCUCCCACUUUGCAGGGCAUCUGUACGGCACGCGCCGCCCAGUACUUGCUGCAUUCCCCCGAGCUGGGUGCCUCAGAGGCUGCAGCUCCCCGGGAGGAGGCGGACAGCCGGGGGGAGCUGGUGAGGAGGAGCGGCAGCGGCGGCGGCGGCAAGAGUCCCGGGCCAGCGAAAGUGCGGGAACAGCUGUGCAAGCUGAAAGGCGGGGUGGUGGUAGAAGAGCUGAGCUGCAGCCGCCAGCGCGCCCCUUCCAGCAAACAGGUGAACGGGGUGCAGAAGCAAAGGCGGCUGGCGGCCAACGCCAGGGAGCGACGCCGGAUGCACGGGCUGAACCACGCCUUCGACCAACUGCGCAAUGUUAUCCCGUCCUUCAACAACGACAAGAAGCUGUCCAAAUACGAAACUCUGCAGAUGGCCCAGAUCUACAUCAACGCCUUGUCCGAGCUGCUACAAACACCCAGCGGCGGGGAGCAGCCGCCGCCGCCGCCAGCAUCCUGCAAGAGCGAUCACCACCAUCUUCGCGCGGCUGCCCCCUACGAAGGCGGCGCGGGCACCGCGACCGCUGCGGGUGCCCAGCCAGCCUCGGGAGGGGGCCCCCGGCCGACGCCGUCCGGAAAUUGCCGGACUCGCUUUUCGGCCCCGGCCUCGGCGGGAGGAUACUCGGUGCAGCUGGACGCUCUGCACUUCUCGACUUUCGAGGACAGCGCCCUGACGGCGAUGAUGGCGCAAAAGAACCUGUCGCCUUCGCUCCCCGGGGGCAUCCUCCAGCCAGUGCAGGAGGAAAGCAGCAAAACUUCGCCCCGGUCCCACAGAAGCGACGGGGAGUUUUCCCCCCAUUCCCAUUACAGUGACUCAGAUGAGGCAAGUUAG